GGAAGUGAGAUUUUGCGGCUGUGUUCUGGGGCUGCUGUCAUAACAGGGGCCAUGUGGGCUGACAGACUCAGUGCUCGCUGUCUGUGAAACAGAUCCCUGGGAUCAUAUCUGGUGCCCAAGGUGAACUGACCAGUUGGGUGAGGCCACUUCCUCCGCAAGGUCUCCCGCCAUCCUACACUGAAAUGAAAACUGUUCCAUGUCCAUCCUCCUAAAGCUUGUGUGCCGCCCACCAUGUGGAAGGAAAGCAGUAGAGAGACAGAGUGGCGCAUCUCACUGUCCCCCUUUCUCCUGCUUCUCCAGCAGACCACCCUUGCUCUGCCCAAGCCCAGCUCUGGGAGCUUUCUGUUCCUUCUGAGUAGGUGGCAUCCAGCACUUGGGGUACCAGGGCUCUGGGGAGUUUGCGCUGGAGAGCAGAUGCAUCUGGAAGAUGACCACUGACUCCCAUCCUCCUCCUCCUGCAGAUGCAGAGGCCUACAUGGCUGUGAUAAGCCUGCUGUUCUUGGCAGUCAUGUACGUUGUUCACCACCCCCUAAUGGUCAGUGACCGGAUGGACCUGGACACCCUAGCCAGGAGCCGGCAGCUAGAAAAGCGACUGAGCGAGGAGAUGCGGCAAUUAGACAUAGAGUUUGAAGAGAGGAAGCGGGCAGCUGAGCAGAAACAGAAGGCACAGGACUUCUGGCGAGGAGAUGUAUCAAAGGACCAGUUAGUGUUGGGGAAGAAAGACAGGGGGUGGCCAUUCCAGGCUGCUGGCCAGGAAGGGCCUCUGGACUGGAUGCUGGGAAACCUGUGGAAUGCUGGCCUCGUUUGCCUUUUUCUCAUCUUUGAGCUUCUGCGACAGAACAUGCAGCAUGAGCCGGCCUUUGAUUCCAGCAGCGAUGAGGAGGAGGAAGUCCAGGUUGUGUCUGCCCUCUCUUCCAACUGGCUCACUGACUUCCCCUCCCAGGAGACCUUGGAAUCCUUUUACAAACGCCAUAUCCAAAAUGCCAUUCGUGACCUGUCAGGCACCUGUGAGUUCGUGGAGAGCUUUGUAGAUGACCUGAUUGAGGCCUGUAGGAUGCUCAGCCGCCCAGAAGCUCACCUGCAGUUGGAGGACUGCCUGGGCAUUGGGGCUCUCUUUGAGAAGUGUGGAAUCCUCCACAAGACUCAGAAAUUUGAUGUCUUGGUACCAAUUGUCCCACCACAGGGUACCAUAUUUGUCUUGGAGAUGAGGGAUCCGGCCCUCGGCCAUCGCUGUGGCAAUGUGCUGGUGGAGUCGGAAUGCGUGUGCAAGCGUGAGAAGCUUCUGGGGGAUGUGUUGUGUCUGGUGCACCACCAUGGGGACCUGAUGGCAGGCUCAGGCAAGUGUAACAGCUCCAUCAAAGCAUCUCUCUGCACCGGUGUCCAUCUGGAUGUGUGCAAGACUGUGCAGUGGUUCCAGAGCAUGGUGGGUAAUGCCUGGGCUCUCGUGGCUCACAAGUAUGACUUUAAGCUCAGUCUCCCACCAUCUACCACCUCCUGCAAGCUCAGGCUGGACUACCGCUCAGGUCGAGUUCUCUCCAUCAGCUUGGUCCUCGGGGUGCAGCGGGAGGAUACCUUGGUCUACCUAGUGAGUCAGGCCCCUGAGCAGGAACAGCUCACCAGUGUGCAUUGGCCCGAGUCCUUUGCAGCCUGUGAACACUUGUUCCUGAAGCUGGUGGGACGUUUUGCCCCUGAGAACACCUGUCAUCUCAAGUGUCUCCAGAUUGUUCUGAGUCUCCAGGACCGCCAGAGCUUACCCACGGGGGCAUCCCACCCCAUCCUCACCUCCUACCACUUCAAAACAGCCCUCAUGCAUCUGUUGCUACAGCUGCCCCUCACGGACUGGCAGCACAGCAUGCUUUCUCGGCGGCUCCAGGACCUUUUCCGGUUCUUGGGCCACAGCCUCCAGCAAAGAUCCCUCCAUCAUUUCCUCAUUGGUAACUCCUUCCUACCCCUGACCAUACCGAUUCCCAAGACAUUUCGGAAUGCUGAACCUGUCAAUCUCUUCCAACACCUUGUGCUGAACCCUACAGCACACACACAGGCAGUGGAGGAGUUCCAAAACCUUCUGACCCAGCUCAAAACUCUGCCCUGUGCUCCAUUGGCUGGAAUGUCUUAAUAUAAAGGCCUUGAAAAAAAAAAAAAACAACUUUCUGAUGUUUCCAGCUGCAAAAGUUUAUUUUUCACUUAUGUCAGUAAUAUAUGUGACCUUCUCCUUGCAGGGGGUGGAGCAUGAGAGAGGAAGACACUUUGAGAAGUGGACAUGGGAACCUAAUCUAGGGUGGAGCUGAGGUUUUCUUCUGAU